AUGACAGACGCAUUAUCUCCUGGCUCUCCAGCCUCUUCUGUUGGCCUGCGACGAAAGUACCGUUUUGCUACCGAGGUCGUCACCGUCGAUAACUCAGACGAUCCUCAUAAUGCCGCUUCAGUGCCUAUUUAUCAAUCUGCCACUUUUAAGCAAAAAACAGCUGCAGGAGGGGGAGAGUAUGACUAUUCUCGCAGUGGAAACCCCACACGCACUCAUCUUGAGAAUCAUCUGGCCAAGAUUAUGGGUGCCAGUCGUGCUUUGGCAGUGACAAGUGGUAUGAGCGCAUUAGAUGUUAUUACUCGUCUAGUCCGUGCCGGUGAAGAAAUCAUUGCAGGCGAUGAUCUCUAUGGUGGAACCAAUCGACUCUUGACCUUCCUUGCCACAUCUCAAAACAUUAAAACCCAUCACGUGGAUACUACUUGCUCAGAGUCUGUUUUGCCUUUCCUCGACCCAGUCAAGACACGCUUGGUUUUACUGGAAACCCCCACAAACCCAUUGAUUAAAAUUUGUGAUAUACCCACUAUUGCAAAGUACGUCCACGAAAAGUGCCCCAAUGCACUCGUUGUUGUUGACAACACAAUGAUGAGUCCUUAUUUGCAGCGUCCAUUGGAAUUGGGUGCCGAUAUCUCCUAUCACUCGGCCACAAAGUAUCUUUCCGGUCAUCACGAUUUGAUGGCUGGCAUUGUCGGCACUCGUGAGAGUUCUGUAGCAGACCAAUUGUAUUACGUCAUCAAUGCAACCGGAUGUGGUCUUGGGCCAUUCGACUCAUGGCUACUUUUGCGUGGUGUGAAGACCUUAGCAGUACGUAUGGAUAAGCAACAGGCAAGUGCAAUUCGAAUUGCCGAAUAUCUUGAGAACCAAGGCUUCAAGGUUCACUAUCCUGGAUCCCGCAAGCACCCUCAAUACGAGCUACACAAGCGAAUCGCUGAUGGACCUGGAGCUGUACUUAGUUUUGAGACUGGUGAUAUCGGAAUCUCUGAACGUAUUGUCGAAGCUGCCAAAUUGUGGAGUAUCAGUGUGUCAUUUGGUUGUGUGAACUCACUCAUCUCCAUGCCUUGUCGCAUGUCCCACGCUUCUAUCCCUGCCCACAUUCGUGCCGAGCGAUCUCUUCCCGAGGAUCUUAUUCGACUGUGUAUUGGUAUUGAAGAUUGCGAGGACUUAUUAGAGGAUCUUGAGUUGGCCCUCUUGAGUGCAGGUGCCUUACCUGGCUUAGAUGCCAAGGCUACCUAAUAUCUGAUUAUUCUUACAAAUUAUUUUUAUCAUUUCCAUACCUACUGUACAUCUACUUUUAUCUUUUUAUUUCUUCGUUUUAUUAUUAUUAUUAGUUUUAAUCAAAACAUGCUAUGAAAAACAAUUAAAAAAUUAUAUAAGAAAAAAUAAGGCGUGUCUAAAAAGAUCUAUUUUAGAUUUUUUUUUAAAAAAUAGUCUCUGAUUUACGUUGCGUAUGUGGAAUGAGUUUUUGUAGUGUACUUUAAAAUAAAGAAGUAAAAAUAGAAGACAAUAAUAAUAAUAAUAAUAAUAACAGAAAUUAGAUGAGUCGUUGUGGAGCCGGAAUGAUAACCUCAAUCUUGGCUUCUUGGACUUUGUUUCCGGAUACAACACGCACAACCAACAAAUCACGGCCACCUUUUGUAACAAGUUCGGACGAUGGUGAAUAAGUGAGUUGAUUCAGUAGUUUGUUGAUUUCUUGUUGACUAUGGGUUGUUCGGUCCUUCCAUGGCUGUGUGCCGACCUGCAGCUCGCCAUAGGCAAUCUCAAUUUCAAGACGUGCCUCGGUCAAAUCACCACGAAUAUAAAUUGUGUCUAAUCCUUGGAAACGACCCGGAGGAGCGUCUAACCAGGUUCCUGUAUGAUAGAGAUGUUGGCUAGGUCCCAUAAUUUGCCAUGAUCCAUUCGGGUGAUGACGUCCAAGAUCAAACCGCUUAAAUAAUACAUCAAUGAUACUGCCCGGCUGGAUGUCAAGACUGUUGGUCAUCUUUCCAAAAAGAUGUAUAUUCCAACUCUCAAGGGAUUUCAAUUCCGCUUCAGCCUUGGGAUUCGGAAGCAGGUAUUUAUAAAUUUCCAGGUAACUGGCGGGGUAAAGAACGUGGCGUGGCAAAAUUGUA